UGCUGGCAGAGCAGUCGCCUACCACGAAGGCGUGAUGAGUUCACCGGCGAAGCAGACCACGAACUUGGCAGCGAUCCCCGCGAUUCACGAUGACAGCGCUAGUGAGGCGGAGAACGACUACAUGGACGAGUCAUUCGACCUGGAUGAAUCCGUUGAAGAAGAAGAGGAGGAGGAGGACGGCGAGAGGCACGUGUGAAACAAUCCAAUUCUACUUGCCUCACGACAAAAGUAACCAUAAAAUACAAUCAAAGUGUAAGCACAUUGCGU